AUGACUGUGCCACCGACGUCUGUGCAGGUCGAGACUGGCCACCAGGACAUGAUCCACGAUGCCCAGCUGGACUACUACGGCAGGAAGCUUGCGACUGCCAGCUCUGACAGGACCAUCCGCAUCUUCGACGUCGAGCAAGACGAGUCGUACCGGCUUGUCGACUCGCUCCAAGGACAUGACGGCCCCGUCCACGCCCUCGCUUGGGCUCACCCCUCCUUCGGCUCGAUUCUCGCUUCAUGUUCUUUCGACGGCAAGGUGUUCAUCUGGAAGGAGAACGACGGACCGCAGAAGGGCUGGAGUAAGGUCAAGGAGCACUUGUUGCACACGGCGAGCGUCAAUGCAAUCGCAUGGGCACCACACGAGCUUGGCCCUAUCCUCGCUUGCGCAAGCUCCGACGGCAAGGUCUCCGUCCUAACCUUCAACAACGAUGGUACCUGGGAGGCGUCUCUCUUCCCCGCACACUCUCUCGGCGUUACCUCGGUCUCAUGGGCACCAGGCGUCGGCAUCGGCGCAUUGACAAACCCUCAGGCUGGUGCGGGCGCAGAAGGACAGGAGGCGUUGCAGGUGGUCAAGCGGUUCGCUACGGGUGGAUGUGACGGAAUGGUCAAGAUCUGGGCGUGGAACGAGCAAACGAAGGAGUGGGCGCCCGAUCCCGUCGAGCACGUCCUUUCCGGUCACACCGACUGGGUUCGCGACGUCGCCUGGGCUCCCUCCGUCGGCGUUGGCAAAGCCUACCUCGCCUCGGCCGGUCAAGACAAGACCGUCUUCAUCUGGACGCAGUCUGACGCACGGAGCGCAUGGUCGAAGGUCGCGCUGGAGCCGGCACCUCAACAGCAGCAAGGGCAGGGUCAGCAGCAGCAGGCGGAUGGGAAGUUCCCGGAUGCCGUUUGGCGGGUCAGCUGGAGCGUUGCGGGCAACGUGCUGGCGGUGUCGUCCGGCGAUGGCAAGGUCUCGCUGUGGAAGGAGAACCUCAAGGGCAAGUUCGAGGAGGUCUCGCAGCUUGCGUCGUAG